CGGACCAUCCAUACACGACGGACAUAGUUCCAUCAAUAACAUCUACAGCCGCCUCUGAUUUAUUUAUUUUUGCUCCAGCAUUAUGUCGUUUUUUUUAUUACCCACAUAGAUAGAUAUUAACUUAGUUGUACAACUACAAUCCGUAUUUUCGCUGGUGGAAAGGAACCAUACAAUAUGGGUGCUAUAUGGUGUGAAAACCUGACUUUAUUUUAGACGAAUUUGUAAGAUAACUAUGUUUGAUAGCGAAUCUGGCUAGCAAACUAAACUAACAUUAGCUUGAUUUAACGUUGGCAAAUCGACGCGCCCCAGUCUCAUCAGUCCCAGAACUCACACAGGGCUGAACCAGAGAUGAAGAUGUUCUCAGUCUCCCACAAGACGGCCUUCGUGGUCGACCACUGCCCUUAUAUGGCAGAGUCCAGUCGGCAGCAGGUGGAAUGUGACGUGCUGACCAAGGGCCGUGGCCAGGGCAUGAUCCCGCUGGCCCCAGUGUCCAAGUCCCUGUGGACCUGUGCUGUGGAGUGCUCCAUGGAGUACUGCCGCAUCCUUUACGACGUUUACCCCCUCAAGAAACUGAUCAACUACAUUGUGAGUGAUUCAGAGUUCCACAUUCUGAACAGCUGGAGGCAAGAGGAUCAAAGCACUCAUGAGCUCAUGUCUGCUCUGGCAGCUGUGGGUCCACCUAACCCGCAGGAGGACCCUGAGUGUUGCAGCGUCCUGCACGGCCUGGUGGCAGCGGUGGAGUCACUGUGUAAGAUCACUGAGUACCAGCACGAGGCACGCACCACCCUCAUGGACACUGCUGACAGGGUGGCCAACAGGGGGCGCAUUAUCUGCCUCACAAACGCCAAGAGUGACACCCAUGUGCGAAUGCUGGAGGACUGUGUGCAAGAGACCAUUCUAGAGCAAAACAAGAUGGCAGCAGGCUCAGACAGACUGAUGUCUAUCCAGCAGUGUGAGCUGGUGCUCGUCCACAUCUUCCCUCAAGGAGAGGACACCCUGGUCUCAGACCGGCCAAAGAAAGAGAUCUCCUCUCUGCUGACCAGCGAGGUUCACAGUGUGCGGGCAGGGAGGCACCUGGCCACCAAACUCAACAUUCUAGUGCAGCAGCACUUUGACCUUGCCUCCACCACCAUCACCAACAUCCCAAUGAAGGAGGAGCAGCACGCCAACACGUCGGCCAACUACGACGUAGAGCUCCUGCAUCACAGGGACGCCCAUCUUGAGUUCUUCAAAAGUGGCGACCUGCACAUGGCUGGUAGUACGAGUCGAGACAGUGGACUUAAGGAGACGGUUACUCUUAAGUGGUGCACUCCUCGCACCAACAGUGUAGAACUGCACUACUGCACUGGAGCCUAUCGGAUCUCGCCUACGGACGUCAACAGCCGACCCUCAUCGUGUUUGACUAACUUCUUGCUGAACGGUCGCUCAGUGCUGCUGGAGCAGCCCAGGAAGUCCGGGUCAAAGGUCAUCAGCCACAUGCUGAGCAGCCACGGCGGGGAGAUCUUCCUGCACGUGCUCAAUAGCACCCGCUCCACCCUGGAGGACCCUCCCUCCAUUAGCGAGGGCUGCGGAGGCCGGGUGACUGACUACCGCAUCACUGACUUUGGCGAGUUCAUGAGGGAGAACCGUCUGACUCCUGUCCCAGAGUCCCCAGACACUGAGGCAAGUGGGAAGCCCCCGGUGGAGAGGGCCAAAGCCCAGCUGGAACGUUAUACUCGCUAUUGGCCAAUGAUCAUCUCCCAGACCACCAUCUUCAACAUGCAGGCGGUGGUUCCGCUGGCUAACCUCAUAGUGAAGGAGAGUCUGAGUGAGGAGGACUUGCUGACCUGCCAGAAGACCGUUUACAACCUGGUGGAUAUGGAGAGGAAGAACGACCCUCUUCCCAUCUCCACUGUGGGCUCCAGGGGAAAGGGCCCUAAAAGGGAUGAGCAGUACCGCAUCAUGUGGAACGAGCUGGAGACUCUGGUGAAGACCCACGUAGCUGGCAGUGAGCGACACCAGAGGGUUCUGGACUGCAUCAUCGCCUGCCGCAGCAAACCCCCCGAGGAGGAGGAGAGGAAGAAACGGGGGAGGAAGAGGGAGGACAAGGAGGACAAGGCAGAGAAGAGCAUCAACAAGGAUUCAGAGGACAAGAGUUGGCAGGAGUCAGAGAGGCUGAAGGGGGCACUAGAGCGUGGAAAGGAGGAGCAGGGGGAGUCGGAGGUCAUAAAGGAUUCUCCUGACUCGCCAGAGCCUCUCAACAAGAAGCCCCGUCUGGAAGAGAUCCAACUACCUGAAAAAUCCAAAGGUCCGGUGUCCCUGCUCACCAUGUGGACUAACAGAAUCACUGUGGCCAACUCCAGGAAACACCAGGAGUUUGCCGGCAGGAUCAGCUCUGUGAACAACAAGGCAGAGUUAUACCAGCACCUUAAAGAUGAGAAUGGAAUGGACCUCCACGAGAAUGGGAAAGCCACCAGAUGAUGUGACCUGUCUCUCUACAGGAUGCACCCACUCCACCGAAUACCUUACCACAGCAGGAAUAUGAGCUUGGACCAGAGAUCAUGUCAAUCUGAGGUGUAUGGACUGUCCUCCCCUACUCUGUCCAUACCAGACAUAGAUUAAUGGGUAGCAGUCAGACUUUGUAAUUUUUAGAGUGAUUUUUGUUCGUUUUCUACCCACGUUUGUAUGGAUAGGCUCACAUAUUGUGUGAAGCAAUAAAGUUGUCAACAGGCA